CUGCUGGAGACGACUAUAGGCCAGUUCACCCAGGAGGGCAGCAUAACCUGCUGGAGGAAGCUUUGCCCACUGGCUGAAGGUAUUAGCUAUGGUGGACUGUUGAUCCUCUCCUACAGCUGUAUGACUUAUUCAAUCAUCCUGUCCUGGGCUUUGCUCUACCUGGUGUUCUCCUUCAGCUCACAGCUCCCCUGGGCCAGCUGUAACAACUACUGGAACACAGACGAUUGCAUAGACUUUUCAACUCAAAAUAAAACCUUUGAUUGGACCAACCAGACUAACACAACCACUGCUGCCACAGAGUUCUGGGAACUCAGAGUGCUGGCUAUUUCAGGGGGCAUUGAGGAGAUCGGCAGCAUCAGGUGGGAAGUGAUGUUGUGCCUAAUUGCAGUGUGGAUCAUCUGCUACUUUUGUAUUUGGAAAGGGGUCCGGUCUACAGGAAAGGUGGUGUAUUUCACGGCCACCUUCCCCUAUGUGAUGCUGGUUAUUCUUUUGAUCCGUGGACUCUCUCUUCCCGGGGCUUCACAAGGAGUACUGUUUUAUCUUCUACCUGAACCCUCACGACUCACAGACCCUCAGGUUUGGAUGGAGGCUGGGGCCCAGGUCUUUUUCUCAUACAGCAUAGGUGUGGGCUCACUAAUUGUGCUUGGCAGCUACAACAACUACAACAACAACUGCUACAAAGACUGUCUGUGGCUCUGUUUUCUGAACAGUGGCACCAGUGUGGUUGCUGGGUUUGCGGUCUUCUCUGUGCUGGGAUUCAUGGCUCACAAGCAAGGUGUUCCCAUUGAAUAUGUGGCCGAGUCAGGUCCAGGCUUGGCGUUCAUUGCAUACCCUCAGGCUGUAGCCAUGAUGCCUUUUCCCCAGCUGUGGUCCGUCUGUUUCUUUGUCAUGCUCUUUCUCUUGGGUCUGGACACACAAUUUGUUAUGAUGGAGGUGGUGAUGACAUCCAUCAUAGAUACGUUCCCCACGGUAAUGCGCAGGGCAGGCCGACGGGAACGUUUUCUCCUCCUCUUCUGCAUCAUGUGCUUCUUCUCUCAGCUAGUCAUGAUCAGCGAGGCAGGGAUGUUUGUGUUCCAGCUGUUUGACUACUACGCUUGUAACGGAGCCUGCAUCCUCUUCCUGUGUGUGUUUGAAGCCCUGGCACUGGGAUGGAUAUUUGGGGCAGAGCGGCUGUAUGGCAUCAUUAAGGACAUGACAGGUGUGAAUGCCAACCCAUUUUUUAAAAUCUGCUGGCUUUUCCUCACACCACUGGUCUCACUGGGCUCUUUUAUAUGU